UGGAAUUAUUAAUCCGGAGCAGCUAGCGUCGCGGCUUAUUUCAAUGGGUAAUUGUUGUGCGUCACAAACUAUUGAAUUCGUGAAGAGAAAAAUUGGCAAGGAUAAGGGAAAGGGUCGGAAGAAUGGAAAAGGAGGAGGGCGUAAGUUGACGGUGAUAGAAAACCCAAAUGGGAAUGAUCUCGAACUGAAAUACGAGCUAGGGAAUGAGCUUGGGCGUGGUGAAUUUGGGGUUACUUAUGCUUGUAGGGAUAAGUCGACAGGAGAAGCACUUGCAUGCAAAUCAAUUUCGAAGAAGAAGCUUAGGGCUCGUGUGGAUGUAGAGGAUGUGAGGAGAGAGGUUGAGAUUAUGAACCAUAUGCCUCCCCAUCCUAAUAUUGUAAGGUUGAAGGCAACCUACGAGGAUGACAAAGCUGUCCAUUUGGUUAUGGAACUUUGUGGUGGCGGUGAAUUGUUCGAUCAGAUCGUUGCUCGUAAGCAUUUCACAGAAAAGGAAGCUGCAUCCACUACCCGGACAAUCAUGGAAAUCAUUCAGAUGUUCCAUAAGAAUGGUGUUAUGCAUCGAGACCUGAAACCCGAGAACUUUUUGUUUGCAAACAAGAAGGGGAAGGCACCACUCAAGGCGAUUGAUUUUGGGUUGUCUGCAUUCUUUAAACCAGGUGAACGAUUUACUGAAAUAGUGGGAAGUCCUUAUUACAUGGCUCCUGAGGUUCUCAAAAGAAAUUAUGGUCCAGAAAUUGACAUUUGGAGCGCUGGUGUCAUCGUCUAUAUCUUACUUUCAGGUGUCCCACCCUUUUGGGCAGAAACUGAGCAAGCAGUUGCGCAGGCAAUUAUACGUUCAAACUUAGAAUUUAAGAGGGAACCAUGGUCAAAAGUUUCCGACACAGCCAAAGACCUCAUAAGAAAGAUGCUUGAACCUAAUCCAAUGCUACGGCUUACUGCCACUCAAGUGUUAGAGCAUCCGUGGUUAAAUGAUUCUUCUUCAGUCAAGGCUCCAAAUGUUUCUUCAGCUGAACUUACCCGAACAAACCGAUUGCAAUGUUCUGUCAUGAAAGAGUUUAGGAAGAUGGCUUUUGGGAUAAUUGCUGAGCAGUUGUCAAAGGAGGAAACUGUCGGCUUUAAACAGGCAUUCCAAAUCUUAGAUACAUCCAACAGAGGGAAGAUGAACUUCAAUGAGCUAAGAGUUGGUCUAAGAAAACUCGGCCACCAGGUCUCUGCAUCGGAAAUCAAGAUUCUUAUGGAAGCCGGUGAUUCUGACAAAGACGGACAUUUGGAUUACAGAGAAUUUGUUGUAGUUUUGACGCACAUUAGAAUGAUGGAUAACAACGAACAUCUCCUUAAAGCAUUUCAGUUCUUUGAUCGGAAUAAAAGCGGAUUCAUAGAGAUUGACGAACUUAGAGAUACAUUGAUUCAUAUUGUUGAGACUGUCGACAUUGAAAUUAUUACCAAUGCCGUCAUUCAAGAUAUGAACCUAGAUAAGGAUGGUCGGAUAAGUUAUGAUGAAUUUGCGAGAAUGAUGAAGGCUAGAAAAACUCGGAGAAAAGCAUCAAGAUAAUUAUCACAAGAAAUGCAACAACAUAUUUGGUCACAAACUGUUCAAAGAUGGGUCAUUUGAUAUGGAAGCUGAAUAAUCGAAUCUACUAGGAACUGAAAGUGUUCUUAAAAAAUUUUGUCCAUAGCUUCCUCUUUGGAAAUGACCCAUUAUUGAUGUUUGGCUUAUCAUUUUUCCUGGAUGAAAUGAUGUAUAAAUGACUGAAUAUUUGCAUUUUCUGUGUACAUAAUAAGAAAUUGAUACUGAAAUUACUUGAGUUUUAAUUUCAAAUAACCCACUUCU